AGAUGCUGGAAAGAUAGCACCCGAAGCUCAACCCGAUCUAGAAGCCACAAAUCCCCCUCAAAGCAGCCAAUCUGGCACAUCUCGCUUCGGAAUUAAUCUGGAUCAAACAGAGAAGAAGGUCGCUCGUCUCAGCAUAUCAGAAAGCAGAGGGACAAGUCCCAGUAACGAUGAUGAUCCGGUCCUGUUGAAUCCACGACCUGCUCAGAGGAUCGGGCAAAUUGAAGAGGAUGUAUCAUCACCACGAUCAGUCGACGACGCUGGGAGUAGCCAAGAGGGGUCUCGUGCUCUGCGGUCUCGUCAGGAUACCAGACAUGAAACCUCUUCAGCACAGACUGCUGCGUCCAAAGAGUCCGUCAAGAAUAAGAAAGCAAAGGGCCCCUCUUUGGUCAAAGACACAACAGUGUAAGUGAAAUUGCUCAAAAUUGUUUUACGAGCGCACUCAUGUAUUUAAAUUUUAGUCCUCGCAUCGUUACUUUGGAUUCGCUCAACCUUCCACAUAACCCUACAAUACGCAAUCUCCAGAGAUACCUCGCCGAGGAAGGGAAACACAAACGACAGCUUGAGGUUGAAGUCAAUCAGGGCACUAAAGCUAAGGGUAUCCCUACGCAAAACAACUGGUGUGACUGUGGACUAUUUCUUUUGGGCUAUAUCACAAAGUUUCUCCAAGAACCGCGACAAUUUAUCAACAAGAUUAUUAAUGAAGAGUAUAAAAGGCAUGAUCAGCAUGAACAUUGGCCGGAAAUGAAUGCGCUGCGAAUGCGGCUCCAAAUCCUCGAGCUGAUCAUUAGAUUGCACAAGGAGCAGAGGGAUGCUCAACGGGGAAUUGCGAAGGCGAACAAGACUGAUCGGGGUGGGGCUGCUGCAAAGGCUUUCACUUCGAGCAAGUCCCCGUCGGCCGAAGCUUCAGCAAGGCAGGGUCUCUCUUCUGAAGACCAAAGUGAGGAUGACGACGUAUCAAUCGCCACAGCAGCUUAUCAUGGAGAUCUGAGGCUAGACAACCCUGCAGUUUCCAAACCCAGCCCUAGUGCCUCAGGAAGUGGUCCAGAUGAGCCCCAAUCUCCCGGCUUUGAGGGCGAUACGCAAGACUCUUUGAUCAUCACUCGGGUAGGCCCUGCAAAAUCCAGCCCUUCCACUGGUGAUACCAAUAAACGGCUCGAAAGUCCACGGAGCACAAGGGUGGAAGUGGCCCGAACUCCGUCUCCAGCGCGCUCUGUCGGGAGCCCGAUGCUCAGAAGUAGUCCACGAGCAAAAAAGCAGGGACAGCGCAUGCGGGUAGUCAUUCCAAGCUCGCAAGGCUCAGAGCAUUGAAUUACGCCAAUGGUGUUUCUUUUUUCUUUUUCUUUUUCUUUUUCUUUUUCUUUUUCUCUCCUCGUAUUUUUGGAGUUUACU